GGAGCCCCGGGACGCGCGGUAAUUGUUUGUAUUAUGGCUCUGAGACCUCAGAGGACUUUCAGGCGGCGCCAGGUCGAGUCCAGCGACAGCGACAGCGAAGGCGCGGAGGAGCGGCCUGCUGAGGAGCCGGCGGAGCCAUGCGAGCCGUCUGCAGGCGGCACAGCAGAGGCAGCGGAGCCGGCGCGCAGGGCCCGCGGCAGCCGGGGCCGAGGUCGGGUGUGGGCGAGCUCCCGGCGCAGUCCCGGCACUGCUUCCCGCAGGGACUGCGAUGCAGGUGUCCUCUUAGAAUCCAGAACAGCUGAUCUCUCAACGGAUGAAGAGGAAGACACGUAUCCCUCAUCAGAAAGGAAGGCUGAUCAGAGUCCAUCCUCCAGUAGCUCUAGUUCUCCAGAAGAAAAAGAAGUUUCACCCAUAGUUCAGAUCCCAGAUGCAGCUUUUAUUCAGGAAGCCCGCAGAAAGCGGGAGUUGGCCAGGGCCCCAGGGGACUACAUUUCCCUGGAUGUACACCAUCCCCCCACCACUUCUGACAGAAAGAGAGGCAGUGAAGAGGACCCGGACAGUGAUCCUGAUGACUAUGAAAAGAGAAUACUAUUUGCCCCAAAGCCUCAAACACUCAGACAAAGAAUGGCUGAAGAAACGUCACUCAGAAAUGAAGAAGCGAGUGAAGAGAGCCAGGAAGAUGAAAAUCAAGACAUUUGGGAACAACAGCAAAUGAGGAAAGCAGUCAAGAUCAUAGAGGGACAAAACAUAGACCUUUCCCGCAGCAGUGAAUCUCAAACAUUGAAGAAGUUUGAUACUUCCAUUUCAUUUCCACCAGUAAAUUUGGAAACUAUUAAGAAACAAUUAAAUAAUAGAUUAACGUUACUACAGGAUACUCAUCGCUCACACCAGAGAGAAUAUGAAAAAUAUGUAGAAGACAUCAAAAGUUCAAAGACUGCAAUCCAGAACCUGGAGAGUGCAUCAGAUCAAACUCUAAACUACAAAUUCUACAAAGGCAUGAAAAGUUAUGUGGAAAAUAUAAUUGAUUGUCUAAAUGAAAAGAUUAGCAGCAUUGAAGAACUAGAAUCGUCCAUGCACACAUUGCUUUUCAAACGCUCAGAUGCACUUUUGAAACGCAGGCAAGAUGAGUUAAAAUGUGAAUCAUCCUAUAUGCAACAAUUAUCACGCAACGCUGAGACAUCGUCAAACGGAAGCUUGGCUCUAGACGAAAAGGAUCAACGGAUUUUAGACGAGAUUAAAGCUCGAAGGAUGCAGAGAAGACAAGCAAGGGCGCUGUCUGGCAACUGUGACCAUCAGGAGGGGACUUCUAGUGACGAUGAGCUGUCUUCUGCAGAGAUGACCAACUUCCAAAACCGCCAAGGUGGCAUUUUACAAGAUUGUAAGAAAGUUUUUGAAGAUGUGCAUGAUGAUUUUUGUAACGUCCAGAAUAUUUUAUUGAAAUUUCAGCAGUGGCGAGAACAGUUUCCUGAUUCCUACUACGAAGCCUUUAUUGGUCUCUGCUUACCAAAGCUUUUAAGUCCCCUGAUACGAGUUGAGUUGCUUGAUUGGAAUCCUCUUAAGUUGGACUCCAUGGGUCUAAACCAGAUGCCUUGGUUCACAUCCAUAACAGAGUUUAUGGACAGCAGCAUGGACGAUACAAGGAAGGAAGAUGAUUCUGAUCAAAAAAUUCUAUCCAUUGUCAUCAACAAAACAGUUGUUCCUUGCCUCACAGAUUUUGUGGAGUUCAUUUGGGACCCUCUGUCAACCUCACAGACAAGAAGUUUAACAACACACUGCAGACUGGUUUUUGACCAGUCUGCUUCUGAAAAGGAAGUUAGUAAAAGCAAACAGGAUUUACUUAAAUCUGUUGUUGUAAGAAUUAAGAAGUCAAUAGAAGAUGAUGUUUUUAUUCCUCUAUAUCCAAAGAGUUCUGAAGAAGGAAAAAUGUCACCACAUUCAAAGUUCCAAGAAAGACAGUUCUGGGGAGCGCUAAAGCUCUUCCGAAAUAUUCUUCUUUGGACUGGACUUCUCCCAGAUGACACCUUGCAAGAUCUAGGCCUGGGGAAGCUGCUGAAUCGCUAUCUUAUUAUUGCUCUUACUAAUGCCUUCCCUGGACCAGAUGCUGUUAAAAAGUGCAGCCAGAUAGCAGCUUGUCUACCGGAAAAAUGGUUUGAGAACUCUACUAUGAGGACAUCAAUUCCCCAGCUAGAAAACUUCAUCCAGUUUUUACUGCAGUCUGCACGUAAAUUAUCCACAAGUGAAUUCAGGAAUGAAGUCAAUGAAAUAAUUCUUAUCCUGGUGAAGGUAAAAGCUUUGAAUCAAGCCAAAUCCCUCAUAGAAGAGUAUCACCUGGAGCCCUCCAUGUACCCAAUUACAGGUGUUUGAGUGCACUAUGGGAGGUGUUGAGAGUCACUGAUAAAGUACUCAGUUCCUUGGUUGUCCACAGCUGGCACCCCCUCACUUUCUCUGUGCCCACCCUUGGUGUCCUGAAAGGCUGGCACUGUGUGACUGAGGGUGUUACAUCACAACAGCCGUUACUCUGUCUCAGUCUGAGAAGGUAUUGAAGAAGUCUGAUACACAGAAGCAUGUCCAGAGUCAAGCCCAUCUUCAGCUUUGACAUUCUUAAAAUUCCCACUGUUUUACAAAUCAGCUAAUGAGGAAAUCUUGAGUGAAUUGCUUAAUUAUGAAAUGGUUAACACAUUUUUAUAACAAAUUGUGCUUCCAAAGUCUGCACUGGGUGAUUAUGUGAAAUCGAUGAGAGAGAGUGCCAGUGAGUCUCCAGAUUUGUGACUCAUUGUUAAUUUGUUAAGAAAAAAAAAUCUUUUAAAAAAAUAUUUAUUUUUCUAUGUGUGAUCCUGUAUACACCUGGAUGAUUAUAUGUACACCACUUCCAUCAGAGACCAGCAAAGGCCAGAGGGCAUCAGAUAUCCUGGAACCAGAGUUCCAGGAGGUUGUGGGCCACCUGAUGUAGAUGCUGGGAACCAAACCCAGGUCCUCAGGAAGAGAUCUUAACCACUGAGUCGUUCCUCCAGCCCCUGUUGAAGAAUGAAGAUGUAUUGAUUUGGGCCAUUUGUAAUUCUUUUUGAACCAUCUUUUUCUAGAGGCUUGUAAUACUUUCAUAUUAAAAAUAAUAUUGAUCUUUU